AGUGCCCUCACUGUUUCUGCUGCCACCCACUCUCAGCGCCUGCACCUACAUAGGCAAGAAAAGCUAGUAGAGUUUUAACCGAGUGCGGAAUGCCAAGCCAACGAGUAGUGUGAGGGCAACUGCGAGUGAAGCAACAGCAGUAACAGCGGGAGCUAGAGCAGCGCGGUAGAGCCCGGAGUGAAGUGGGGUCGCCCUGGUAUUAACCAGCGCCGGAGAGGAGUGUGCUAGCAGUCCACAACGCAACCUGAACGAAGGUUUGUCCGUUCACCGUCACCACAACAACAACAGUAGGGUUGCGCCCUCAGCGCGUGUGUUCGUGAGACGUGUGUGGCGGUGGUGGGGGGACGUGACGACAAACCAGCGUUCACUUGUGCCCCUUGUGCUUCCAGCCUAGCGAUAUGUCGACUUCGGAAGACCAGGAAGGCCCAUCGUAAUCAGUCUUUUUUGGCCUGCGCUAGUGAGGUGCACGAUCAAGCGACCGGAUGCAUCGGGCGCAGCGGGAGGUGUCCGCCACCGCUCCCGCGUUAGGCCUAAGCGACCCGGGAAGACUGCGUCUCUAGGGCCGCCGUACAGGCGCACGGCGACGACGCGAAAAAGAUCGGGGAGCGUGGCUGAACCGUGAGCACGGGUCCGCUUCGAACAUUCGGCGGAUCCAACAGGCGGCGGGUGGCGACGGCAAAGAUAACGUCACGCCAUCAUAAAGCGCACACGAUAGCGUUCAUCCAUGACGAUGAGUUGCGGGCAGCUGCCUACCCAGGUGAUCCUGGUGCCGCAGCUGAGCACCGAGCUCCUCAAAGAAGGCGCGGGUCAGGUGCAAUAUCUCUCGCUCAGUGAGGAACAACUCCAGCGACUCACGGCGGGUUCGGCCGCCGCGCUGCUCAAAGCGCCUACAUCCGACAGUAAACUCCAGGAAAAUCAAGUAAUCGACUUCCUAGCGCUGAAUGAAGAGGUGCAAUUCAUCAAAACGGAGUCGUGCGCCCCCUCGCCGUCGGGUGCAGGGGGAGACGACUUUAGCGGGGCUGGAGGCCCCGGUGACGUUGAUGAUGAAGUGUCGGACGUGAAUGACGUUGCCGAGGUGAUGAACUCGUUCGACGCAUCGCCCCUUCUUCACGAAACCAGUAAAGAUGUCGCCCUCAGUACACUGCAGCACUCGACGCAUCACCGUGAGCACCCAAGCAACCUUGUUCUUGCUGACGAAAACGCCGGAGCGUCAAAUGGUGAAUAUGAUACGGAAGAUCUUCUGUUGGCACAGCUGCAGGCGCAAACACAACACGGGCCUGUGGCCACAGUUCAGGUGCAGGUAUCAACUGGACAUAUACCAGAGACGUCCGGCGAAGAUGGUGCAGAAAUGGACGAUGACGAGAGAGCUGCUUCAGAAUACCUUAACGAUGGACAGUUGUACCUUGAAAAAUCAAAACGACAGGUUCAAGUUCAGCUCUUACAUGGUCACCCCCACCAACAACAGCAAGCGAAUCAGCAACAGCAAAUAGUCAUUGCGUCUUCAGCUGCCCAGGCGGAUCCGAAGUGCGAGGAGCAGAUGGAUUGUACAAGCACAAAUUUGGGUGAAACAUCGCCGGUCGGUCGAGAUGCCAGCGUGGUCUCAGUGAGCUGCUCAACGGAAACUGCCACGGAAGUAGCCGAGGUGACCUCGACAACACUGGAACCAACGGCCGGCUCACCUUUAACCCCACCCGCGCCCCCAAACGGCGCCCAGACUCAGCCCUCGGUGCCCCAAACCCAAAGAACGCAGCAGCAAGUACAACAGCAGCAGCAGCAGCAACCUGCUAAUGCCGUCACUGUAACCUCAAUAACAAAUGCUGCACAGGCGAGCCAGUCACAGCCACCUACAGUCAACAUCGUCGACGCUGUUGUGUCGGCCUCCAGUCCGUCUAUGGUUCAGUCGGUGUCCUGUCUUGAGAGCAAAAUCCGAGUACUAAGCCUUAACGGUGUAUCCGGUACAUCCGGCCACCAUGUGCUUAACGUGGCUUCCGCAGGAGAGCCUGUGCUAUUCGGAAAUAUACUUCUCGUGCCUGAGACGCCAACCGUCAAGCUACAGAUUGUUCAGGAGGAUGGCAGUGCAGUAAAGGAGUUGAGCGUUCGCGGCGUCGGCAGCGAGGGUUCACUGACGCUGAAUCAAGCUCAGUUGUCGCUUGGCUCUCUGGGGCUAAGCGGACUUAAUGGGUUAAAUGGGCUGAGUCUAGGCAAUAUCUCGCUGCUUGGUCAAGGCCUGGCUUUACAAACUGGACACGGCGGAGCACUGACAACCGUUGGAGGAAUGGGCAGCGGAGGCGGGGUCGGAUGUCCAGGAUCAGACAAAAAGGCCCAGAAGCCUUUUCAGUGCAAGCUAUGUACAGCCACAUUUAAUCGGCUAGGCAAUUAUACUCGACAUCAGAAGAUUCACACGGUUCGUUCUGAAGAAGACGAGCGUUUCCACUGUGAUGAAUGCGGCAAGAGUUUCAUUCAGCGGUGCGACCUCACGAGACACCUGCACGUUCACGCAGGAACCGAGCCUCAUCGUUGCGACAUUUGCGGAAAAGGCUACAUUCGUCACUCGGACCUAGUAACGCACCAGAGAUUUCAUAAUAAGGAGAAGCCAUUUCUCUGUCAACAUUGUCCAAAGGGCUUUUCGCAACGUGGGGACCUAAAUCGUCACUUGCGAUCGAUCCAUCUGCAGAUCCGCCCAUUGACUUGCUCCCACUGCCAGAAAAAAUUUGCCAAAGAAGCCACCCUUAUGAGACACAUGCGUACCUCUCACAGAGACAUUGUGCUCAGACAAGCAAACAGUCAUGGGGAGACGUCGGUUUCGGAAGCGCUUAUCACUGGCACGGGCGACAUAUGCACACCGACGACACUUGGCGAACGCCAGGAUUAGCAGUGAACCUCUCAAAUCUACGUAAAAGAUUAUGAAGCAACCGGCUUAACUAAGCCUAUAAAAAUUGGCCGACGCCGACGAUAUGGCCCGAGUAACAGUGUAGUCAGCAAACCCCCGCUUGUUUCUUCCUUUACGAGAGAGAAAAUGACGAUUCGAAAUGCACCGAUUCAUCAUCUCGAAACAGAACGUACGUUUCAUCGUAUUAAGUUCCUUAAUGAAUCAAUAGAGCGUAGUUCAACUGCAGGCCCCUUCCUGCCGAGGCAGUAUGAACUCGGUGACGUAGCACAAAUUGAGUGUGGCGUUGCUUUUCGUGUAGUCUUAAACACAUAAUCAGAAUUAUGAAUAUAUUGUAUACUAGCUAGUUAGUAAAAAGCAUAUGUUUACGCUUUCAAACUCUAGCAAAAUGAUCAGUACUUAGUUUUUCGUAACACUCGACAAACCAUCAUAUGCGAACUCGAGGGAAUGGCACGUAUAUCAUUCACUGGACAGUUAACCGAUCGAGAAUCAUCUGUAUAAGUCGAGAAAUCGAAGGAACGCCUCAAACAUAGAUCAGCCCCCAUGCCCCAACAGCAAUAGCAUCUACAACAUCGACAAUGCCAACAACCUAAAAAGAAUAGGCUAACGACCAUGUAACCUGAUUAUGGUGUUCGAAGAACCUGUAUAAUUCUGCAGAUGCCUUAUGUGCACUACGUAAGAUACAGGGACGUAAAUACAAAUAACAUAUCAAGAUCCAGUAAGUUCGUAUGUAGCACUACGCAAACCGGCACUAUCAUGGCAAACUAACUAGACAGGCGCGAAGCUGUUUUGCAUGCCCGAAAGUCUGCAUCUCUCAUGACAAACGAUAUUUGCAACGUACAACCUGAAAACAGGCCCAAUUAGGUUUACCUUUUUAGCUUCGCUACGAAGGUAACUUCGCUGGCCUUGGUGCCACGACUCAGUCACACUACUCCGAUUGUACAAUGAAUUCUUCCUGCAAUAAAAAGCGGAACCCCUCGGGCGUAUCCAAGAACUAAGCUCCAGUCCUAUGCUAACAGGAAAAAAACAGACGUGCUGAACAUAUAACAUCACAAUCGGGUAAUCGGAGAAACAUUAUCGAAAACAAGAAAAUCACCCAAAAUACUUAGUCUUCGGAUACGUUAGACGUAAAUGCAGAACUAUCUAGUAGCAGAACUGACACCGUAAGGUAUCGAGGUGUAUAGUGUCCAGCGCAAAGUAAAGAUGAAAUCUGUACGAUCUCUGUAUAGGAAAAAAGCAAAGUUCUAGAAAGCAGUUUAGAGGCGUCAGCAAGAGGCGAGCUAGUCUUGUAUGUUGUAUAUUAAACACUGAGUCGGAAGGACAAAUAGGCAGACAACAGUUUAAGGACAAGCCUUCACAUAAUAGGCGCACUACGUGACGCAAAAUAUGAAUAGAUAACAAGAACGCGGCUGAAAGAGAAAAUGAACGGCGAUGGGGUCGCCGCCACACAGAACAUUAACUAAUACAACAAAUUAAGCAGAUAUGUGAUCAUCUCCCGUAGAUGUCUAGCGAUGCCACCGUGACAUGAAGCUGAUACAAAGGAAAGCACGACAAAUAGGAUGACAAUUUAUGACGGCGACAACAGUGGCAAAACGAUGUCGUAAUUAAGGUCAAUAACUGUAAACAAACCCUCUGAUGAUGCUGGUAUCGAUGAUGUUGUUCUUAGUAGAACAAAUUCUAUCUACUGAGUAUAAUUUCGACUUAUAUUCCUAUUACUAGUAACACAAUUAUUAUUGAAUUAUUACGAGUUUAUAUUUGUAUUGUGAAUGUUAUAUUCGAGCAAUGAGGGUGUCUUUCAAGUAGGACUCAAACUUUUGAAGUGCCCGCAAUCGGACACGAUCCAUCAAUCCUAUGGGCAGGUCCUAAGUUGACCCUAAGAUAAUCGCAUCGAGCCAAUCAUUUCAGCAGAUUUGACCAACAGCAGGUUUUGCUUGUUGGUAGAUUAAUAUCCCAUGAGUCAAUCAUAGACAUAGUCAAUCAUAUACACAGAUAAUCAAUAUAUGUGAAUACAACACCUACGUGAGAACCACCUCAACUGAUGCACGAUGGAGAUCCUGAAAUUGGCAUUUCCGCUAAUUGCAAAGAACACCCAAGUACGAAAAAAGAACAGUUAAAUCGACAAUAAGGCAUCGUCCAAUAACAGCAUCGAUCAAAAAGCUAAAGGCACUGAUUUCUACACAGAGAUUAUAUAUAAUAUACGAAAAUGAAAACUGUCGGUAUAUACACCAUACGAAAACAGAAAUCAGAUGCUUUCUAAUAGUCAGCUAUUGGUUUCCGUACGGAGACGCAUCAUAUUUACUACAGUGUGUUCUUUAUAAUCUGCAAUAUCGGAGUGCGCUCUUUCAGGCUGAGAAACGUCAAGUUUUAGUCAUAUUAGUUCAAAGCAUGCGGUUACGAUAGGCUUAGAGAAGUGCAGACGACAUCAAAAGAUUUCAGGGCGGACCACAGUCGAUUUGUAGUUUGUCCUAAAAUCUUCUGCGAGACUCUCAAGACAAUCCAUCGUGUUCUAUAUGGACAACAAAAACUGUAAAAAUAGCUAAAAUGUCAUUAUGACUGGCCGCUGAAAAACACUUGAAGGUUUUUAGGGUGCGGUUAGCUUGAAAACAUACAAAGAAGUUUUUGUCCUGGGACAAUUUCCUGUGCCGGUUCUCAAACCGAGUCAAACUCUGUCUAUUUCAUGGUGACAGUGCAAUAAUUUUUCCUUGAAACGGACUGGAUUUCGAUGGCAAAUGCCGGCCUGAUUGAAAGCCACGAAGGUACGGAAGUAUUUGCCGUAAGUACAGCAAAUAAAAAAUCAGCUUCAUAAUCGACAAUAGAUGUGUCUAAAUUCGUAGGCGCAAUGCAAGACACUCUGAAGCGAGCGUGAGACGCGGCAUAGCUUAGAAAACGUUUGUAUUGAUUCGAUAUCGGCAUUAUCGUUUACCAUGGCAAGAUUCAAUGCCGGCCAUGACUAGGCUGUACGCUUCAGAAAUCGAGCGUGUGUUAGGGUUGUUACACAACGUCAAAGGAAAAUAUUGCCGGAUACGGGGGCUUUUCAUCACUUGAAUCCCAAGCUGUGGCAACGAUAGCUAUAUGGAGAGGAGCUAUAUAUUAGUACACAGUGCACAUUUAACGUUAACGUCUCUAGUUAUUUGAAAGAAAGAAACCUGUAUUACGAAUUUUAUUGUACAUGCGAUGCGAUUUGGUUGAAGACGCCGCCACACACGGGAUCAGCAACUAGAAAUGCUGACACAAAUAAGGUGCUCUAUUACUUCUUCGACACUGCGAAGCCUCUGUCCGAACCAACAUCGGGGUUAUACGACGUCCUUGUAUCCUCCACCUAAACAAACCGCGUGAGAGUUGUAACGUUUACCCUUGCCGAGUUAAAAUAAAAACAAAAGUACAUUCGGGCACCCGACUGCAAGCGGCAUUGAACAAUAACUGAUACCGGCGGAAAAAUCUUAGAUAAAGUAUUGCAUUAUAUAUAUAUAUAUAUAUAUAUAUAUAUACACACACACACACACACACACACACACACACACACACAC